CUGUGUACGGCUAUGCUGCUGCUGUUUUCACUUCGUAGCUAAGUUACUACUGCCGACAUGCAACUGUACCAUUUUACUUCUAGGCUAAGUAAUUUCUACUGCUGCCGCUGCAUGGAAGUUACCCGAGACAAGGUUUAACUCAACAGCCUCGACCUUGACACGCUCCGCAACCACGGCGUCGACGCCUACAUGCUCGGCGCGCUGCUCAUGGGUUCCGGCCUCAUCGGCGUCGGACACGGGCGGCCGCUGUCGUGGAUCACCCACGCCGGCGCCUACGACGUGGCGUACCUUCUCAAGAUUGUCACGGGCGGCGCCCCGCUGCCGCACGACGUGGCCGGGUUCCUCGGCGCCAUGCGGUACUACCUCGGCCAGCAGGUCUACGACGUCGCCACGAUGGCGGCCGAUUGCACGGGCAUGCCGGUGGGGCUGGACUGCAUCGCCACUAACCCGCGCAUCCAUCCGCCGUGGGGGAGCCCUCGCCUCGCAGGCGCCGCCGGCGUGGGCGCGCUUCUGGCCUUCAGGAUUUUGAAGGACGGGCGGUUCCGCGGCAACGUGGAGAGGUUCCGAGGCCUGCUUCAGGGCCUGCAGCAUUAG